UAUCAAUAAUCUUGAAAAGUCUUACACGCUUAAUGAGAGUCAUCAAAGCAAAUAAGCCUUUCAUAUCAACGAAGCAGACCAAAAUUUUAAUAACCAAAAAAUCAAUAAAUAACCUAACGAUAUUGACUUGUAAUUUUCUCUUGGCCUUAUGUGAUGUAUAAAUCUGGCAUUUCACAGACAUUAUGAGCACAUCUCUCAAGAUGCAAGCAGAUUCCACUCAAUCUGACAUGCCAUCAAAAAGGGCCAAGACAAAAUCAAAGAAACGUAAAAAAUCCACAUCUGAAGACAGAAAAAAGCUGGAGAAGGCGAAACGGAUGAAAAAAUCAGCUCCUAAGAAGAAGGCAAAGCGGGGAACUAAUGAAGAUGAUGAUGAAAAUCUCAGUGAUGACAGUGACCUUGACCUUGAAAAAGAAGUCCUGCCGAUCGGGAAGUUCAUCAAAAAUAGAGAGACUCUGAUUAACGAAAUCUUCCACUCAUUGAGGGGUUCCCGCUUGGGCAACAUGGUUCCCGACAUCUUAAAGUCAGUCAGCCAGGAUGAACUGAAGAAACUUUGUCUUGAGCAGCUUCUCAUCAUGUCCCGCAAACGCAUCAAAAGAAUCAUUGACGGUGAUGACCCAGACUUUAUAUCAUCAUCAGGAACAGAGGAUGAGUCUUCAGAUGAAGAGGCUGUUCUGGAAGAAGAAGCUGUUGUGGAUGAAGAGCUGGAUGGUUGGGAAUACAACCCUGAAGGUGAAGAUGCUGUUGCUAAUGGAGAUGACGAGGAUUCUGAAAUGGUUGACUCCACUAACAUAGAGGUAGCAGACAAUGAUGCUGAACAG